CGAGGUGAAAAGAUAUAAUGAAUCAUCGCCGUGGGUAGUCCCAAAGUCUUUUGUGCUACCCGUAAACCGCUCUGAAUAUGAAUCGAUUUGAAUUGUCGCGGAAAUGAAGCUAAACGCUGUGUUGGCAGUAUUUGCAGUGCAUUGCUUCAAUAUUGGCCUAGUACGGACGCAAUCACCGCAAGUUUGUCUCAAUGGCACGUCUUGCGUAAUUGGUAAAUAUAUGGAAGGCUUUCAAAAGCGUCUAUUCGAAGGCUUUCUAGGCAUACCAUUUGCCAAACCGCCUAUUGGUGAUUUACGAUUUAGUAAUCCUGUAGAAUACGGACUUUGGGAAGGCACACUUGCAGCACGAAAUCCGAAGCCAGAUUGUAUACAAAAAGAUUACGUGAAGGCGGGGUCCAGUAUCCAGGGUUCAGAGGAUUGUUUGUACUUGAACGUCUACCGUCCUUUGAAUGUAGGCUAUAAGAAGUUACCGGUUUUAUUUUACUUGUAUGCUGGUGGAUUUUCCAGUGGAUCGGCUAGUCCUCAAGCCCAAGGGCCGGAAUACUUUAUGGAUACAGACGAAGUUAUAUUGGUUAUACCAGCUUAUCGUUUAGGCCCAUUUGGUUUCCUUAGUACUAACGAUGAAGAAAUGCCCGGCAAUUUCGGCCUCAAGGAUCAGAAUUUAGCGCUCAAAUGGAUUCAAAAAUAUAUUUCGGCAUUCAGUGGUGAUCCUGAUCGUGUGACUAUCUUUGGGAAUAGCGCUGGCGCUGCAGCUGCACAUUAUCAAUUGCUGAGUCCUGCUUCAAAAGAUUUAUACCGAAACGCUAUUUUGGCAAGCGGUGCGGCAAUCCUUCCAUUUGCUAGACCAUUGACAGAUCCGAAAUCAAGAGCCAUAGAAUUGGCGGAAGCUGUCGGCAUACGAGAAGCUGCAUACCUAACUUCGGAAGGAUUAGUAAGGGCUUUACGAAAAAUAAAUCCCUCUGUAUUAAUAAAAGCUGUCGAUAAAUUGAAAUCAUGGUAUAUCCAUCCUUUGGGCAUAUUCCAUCCAGUUAUUGAACAAAGCUCAUGGAAUGGUGCAUUUUUAACCGCAGAUCCAUCGUCAUUGAGCAUAGAAAAGCCAUGGAUAAUUGGGCAUGUAACAUCAAAGGGCGAAGGCGGACCCUUGGCAAAUCGUCUAAUAACUAGUACUUCGUUGCGCGCGCAAUUCAAUGACAAUUUCGACAAAUUGUUGGGUGUCAUGUUAGAAUUUCCUGAUACCAUUGAUAGAGCCGCAUUAAAUCGGACAAUUGAAAUGUAUAUGAAUGGUCAACAUAAAUUAAACGACGAAACAUUGGAUGGCUUUUGUGAGCUUGUAGGUGACGGCGGUUUUGUUUAUCCUAUCUACAAAACCAUUCAAUUCAAUGUAAAUUCUGCCGUUGCGCAGAAUCUAAAAGGCAUAAUAAGAUUCGAUUAUCGUGGACCGUAUUCUUUUUCACAAACAUAUACGGGCAGCAAUGCAAACUAUAGUACUGCGCAUGGUGAUGAUUCACUAUUCCUGUUUAGGGUACCGGCAGAAUUCCCACGGAAUUACCCAUUAAUAUCGCCUGAGGCAACUUUGGUAAAACGUUAUGUGGGACUUUACGUAGAGUUCGCGAAAACUGGAAAAGUAAGCGAGCUAGAGGAUAUUGGCGCAUGCACAAGGGCUUCAUUUGAGAAGGGCAGCUGUAAAUAUUUAUCAAUCGUCAAGAGUCCUGCACUAUUCCAGACCGGCAGCACUUGGAAUAUUAACAAAAUGAAAUCGUGGGAUGAUGUAUACAAAGUUGGUGCUUCACCUUAACCUUCUGCUACUCCGUCAAAUUCACCUUCCAAUGAUCAUCCAUGACCCGGUUACAAUCCCAGUACUAAUAUGUAGGUCAACUGAAAUGUAGUUUAGAAAAAUUUUUGAAAAUCUUAUAUUUAUUCCGAUUCAAUAGUGUUUGAAGUUGUGCACAUUAAAAAUCAUCGGUGCUGAAACUGAAAUAAAGAAGUAAGGGCAGUGCUGCCUUUGGCUAUGCCGAGCGGCACAUACCUUUCAGGAAGAUUAGUC